UAUAUAUUUAAGAGUUCUUGAAUAUUAGUUUAAGUACUCAGUUUCUUGGUUUUGAGGAGUAUCUAGCAAUACAUCACUUUAUACAGCUUAGAAAUGAUGAAGAACUGAACUUUUUCUCUAUCGAGAUUUUAAGAAAAGUAGUCAUUUUUAGUAUCCUGUUAUUCUGAUUAUAGAAAUCUUGAGCCUUUUCCAUUUAGAGGAAAGACCAAAACUAUUUUCAGUUGCCAUGUAAAGAAAGCUACAAAAGUACAAAUACAUGAUACAAAAAUUGGCAAAACACCUUUUUUUCUUUCUUUGUCUGCAAUGUCAUAACAAAAACAGAUAUUUCAAUAACAAUAAUAUUCCACCUUUCUGGAGGUGGAUUUCAAUGAAGAUUGAUUGAUAUAACACAUGAGUGAGCUAUAAAUUAUGCAGAAUGUUGCAGGCCUCGAAAUAAGUCAAGAAUUAAGAACAAAUUAUUAAAAAGCUAAUACUUGAGCUAUUGCAUAAUUUAAUUUUGAACCAAGGCUCAGGGCAUUGUAAUGCAACUUUGUAAAAUGAAGGAAUUGACAUAAUCCUUUAUUCUUUUAAUUAUAUAAUUUUUCAAAUGUUUAAAAAUCUUUUUACAACGUGACGUAAUAGCAUGCGUUUUUAAUGUUUGUUUUGGCUGUGGGGGGCGUUGCAUCUGGUCCGCAUUUUACAUUAUAUACACGAAGCUGGAAAGAGGAGUCACGCAGAAAACAGGUUAUUUGAAAGGGUUCAUCGAAAAACUGGAAGAUAGAAUGAAUGGCAAAUUUUCGGUUGAAAUACUAUAAUUCAACCGUAAAAUGCUGUUUAAGAAGAGCCUUUAAUUAAAGUUCAUGCAAAAAUUUUCUUGAGAGAUGGUGUUUGAGUCGUUAGUCACUGAUCUCUUGAACAAGCAUUUAGGCCAGUAUGUGCAGAAUUUGGAUCCUUCGCAACUCAAGAUUGGAAUUUGGGAUGGAAAUGUGAAGCUCAACAAUCUUGAACUUAAGGACACUGCCUUGGAUGAUCUCUCACUUCCAAUCAAAGUUGUACGUGGCCAUUUAGGAAGGCUUCUUUUGAGUAUUCCAUGGAAGAACCUAUACAACGAGCCUACUGAAGUCACAGUAGAGAAUCUUUUUUUGCUAGCCAAACCUAACAAAGACGUAAAGUAUGACAGAGUGAAAGAUGAACAAGAACAGCUGGAGAAGAAACAAAAGCAACUUGAGAACAUCGAGGAAGCAAGAAAACGGGAAGAAGAAGCCAGGAAGAAAGAUAAAAAGAAAGAUGAAGAAUCUGACUCAUUUGCCGAAAAGCUUGCCACCCAAGUCGUUAAAAAUUUACAGGUUUCAAUACGAAACAUUCAUAUUCGCUAUGAAGAUACUGUGACAACCCCCGGAUUUCCAUUCAGUAUUGGAGUCACCCUGGAUGGGUUAUCCGCCUUGACAACGGACCAAACUUUUAUGCCAAAAAUCAUAAAAGAGAGUGUGACAAUGAUACACAAGCUUGUGAAAAUGGAUAAUUUGGCCCUUUAUUGGAACACAAAUGAAACCUUUAAAGAGAUGAACAACAGUGAAUGGCUGAAAUUCAUUAGCGAUGGCAUAGCAAGAAGCAGCACUUUGUCAGGCAUGAAUUAUAUUCUGGAACCAAUAAAUGCAAACAUGAAAAUGAAAAUUAAUACGAAACCAGGAGUUGACAUGAAUAUUCCAAGGUUUUUCCUGAAUUUGGUGAUGGAGCAGUUAGGGCUAUGUCUGAGCAAAACACAGUACUAUAGCAUGAUGGAGAUUCUGGAAUCUUUUGAAAUGAUGACUCGUAACGAGCCGUUCAGAAAAUACAGGCCACAUGUAUCACCGAAGGAAUCCAGAAAGGAAUGGUGGAGGUAUGCUAUUACUUCGAUUUUGGAGGAAGACGUGCGGAGGAGAUUUCGAAUGUGGAGUUGGAAGCACAUCAAAGAACAUAGAGAGCUUUGUCGAGCCUAUCAGAAAAAAUACAGAGACAAACUGAAGAACAAAUCGCAAUCAAAAACGUCUGUUAGAGAAUUAGAGGAGAUGGAAAUGAAACUAAAUGUGGUUAGCAUAACAAUAUAUCGCCAAAUGGCUCUAAACGAGAUUUCAAGAAAGAAAAAAAGUCCGGAGAAAAAGAAAGGCUGGUUUGGUGGUUUUUUUUCUGAAAAAUCGCCAGAAAAAGAAAGCACAAACAAGAAAAUUGAAGAAUUAAUACCAGAGAAGCAACGCCAAGAGGAAAUGCACAAGUUGUACAGUGCUAUUGGUUACAGUGAGAACGAGGUUAUCACACCUUUCCCGAAGGAGUAUGUUGCCUUGAAAUUCUACUUCCACUUGAAGAAAAUAUCAGUUAUGUUGAAAGAAGAUUCAGACAGAACCUCUGCGCCCAUUGACGUCAUGAAGUUUACCCUUAAAGAUCUCUUUGCUGAUGUUCAUCAAAGACCCUCUGCGAAGGCUAUAAGAGUAUCAGCCAAAGUUGAUCUUAUGCGGUUGUACGGAACACCGAAGGAUGGUGUUACCCCAGUCAUGGUGAGAUCAGUUCAAAAGGAAUCAGGUUCAAAUCAACAACUCGCUUUAAUCAACGCUACAUUCGAAACCAAUCCACUGAUGAAACCAAAUGUAGAUCAGCUCGUCAAGGCCAUGAUCCAGCCGGUUGAGAUCGUCUAUGAUUCGAACACGGUUGAGCAGAUGUUGAGCUUCUUUAGGCCACCUCAAGAUGUGAUUCUGCAAGAUUUACAAGACAAAGCCUACUCAACUUUCGAGGAACUCAAAAUGAACAGUACAGCUGGACUAUUGUAUGCCAUGGACCAUCACAGCGUCACAGAUGUUGAUAUUUCUAUCCAAGCCUCGUACUUUAUCUUGCCUGAGAAUGGAAAUUACUCAAGCUGCAAGACCUUGCUUUUGGUAGAUUUUGGAAGUCUGAAAUUAGACAGUGACCCUAACCAAGAAAGAAUUAUUAACAUAAAGGAAGUCGAUGAAAAUGAAGUGCAAGAGAAAUGUUAUGAUCGAUACCUGAUAAGUCUGACUGCACUACAGAUUCUUGUCUGCCAAAAAGAAGUUGACUGGAAUAAAGCUCGGUUCGAUCGCAGUUCACCACAGCACAUUCUUUCUCCGGUUUCAUUUAAUGGCAAGCUUGCCAAGGCGUUGGUUCCAGAUGACCCAAGACUUGCACAGAUGAAAAUAUCGGGAGUUCUAUCCGGCCUUGAAGUGAGCUUGACCGACGCAAAAAUCGCAAUGAUUUUCAAGCUUGCAACAAGCAUUCCAAUUCCAAAUCUUGCUUCUGAUGAGCUGAAACCAGCAGAAAAAGUAGAAGAGAAGUUGGCAAAAAAGCCCUCAGCAAUAGGUCAUGUUGCUGCCGUUGAUCUUGCUGCACCGGAUUCGCUUUUCAACUUUGACUCAGAUGAUGAUGAUGACGAAGAGAAUAUGGAAUUCGGGACCCCACCAGACAGCCCGAUCACAAAUAUUCCUGAGAGCAGCAUUGAAAGAACUUGUGACAAAUUCCAGUUUAUAUUUGAAAGAGAAACAUCCGAAGAAAGUUAUUAUUCAACGCCACCAGAGUCACCAAAGGGAAGCGUUGGUCCAACAUUCGAUGCCAGCAUAGCAAACCAAGUCAAGCUGGACGUAGAUUUCACUGUGAAGAAAAUCAAGCUAGAUAUAGGCAUGUCUGAUAUGUUCAGAGACUUUGUUCCUUGUUUAAGCUUUGUUAUUGAUGACAUUGAGAGUCAAGUGAAGAUAUGUCGAUGGGAUUUGGUUGCCCACGCUGCUAUACGGAGACUGCUUUUAAGGGAAAUGACUCAAGGGAUUGAUGGUGGACCAAUCGAACUUCUUAGCACGCCAGAAGACAGUCAUCUGCUCAAAGUUACGUACAGACAGUGCUUUUUCAAUGGAAUGGUAACGCUUGGUCCCAACUGGGUGUUUACUGAUGAGGCACACAGAGCAAUGCUGCACUAUCGAGAUGAAUUUGAGUCGACAGAACAAAUCAUAAACAUCAAUUUUGCAAUGGUUCACGUGAUUCUUCACCAAGAGGCUCUAUUGAAGGCAAUGGAUCUCAUGAACCGAAUUAGUACGAGUUUUGAAUCUAUGGAGGUUAAAGCUCAGGUUGAGGCUAUCACAUCAAAGACAGAAGCUCUUAUUGGCGAGCAAGACGAAGCACCUCUUGAUGGAAGGCGGUCUACGAUCGAUAAAGCAAACCAGUUGCAAGAUGCUAUAGCUUUAAAGAAAAAGAUGGGGGUUACAAAUGAGCUGCUUAUUCGUGUAAAUGCGGAGAUGGAGGGUGUUGAUCUGCAGAUCUGCUCAGCCAAGACAAAUCUUGCAAAAGCGUACUUCAAAGGCCUUUCGUCCAGGGUAGAAAUGCAAUCAAACAAAACACAAAUCCAAGCGAGGAUGAAAGAUCUUCAAGUUCUGGAUUGUUCAGAAGAAACAGUUUAUCACCAAAUAAUCUUCAUGGACAACGAGGAAGUUUUUGAUUUGGAGCUGGUGAUGUUUAAUGAUGCUACGGAAGACGCAAAUAUCAGCAAUAUGGAUGCUGUUGAUUUGUCGCUGCGGCUCAUCAUAGGAAGAAUGAAAGGAGUUUACCUUCAUCGUUUUGUCAUGGAGCUCAUGGUGUUUUUGGACAACUUUCAAAUUUCCCAGCAAGCAGCAGACAAGGCACGCCAAGUUGCUGUUGAAUCUACUGCUGCAGCUGUUGCCAGUAUAAGAGAAUACGGGUCUCGAAACAAGCUGAACAUAACCAUCCAAGCCCCACUCAUCAUCGUUCCGGUGGAUUCCUUAUCAGAGCUUUGUCUUAUGGUAGAUCUUGGCCAGCUCAAAGUCUUCAACAAAUUUUGCCUCGUAAGCACAAAAUCAAGUCCACGCAGGUCAGCGGAACCGACAAUAACGGACAGUAUGGCUAUCAAGUUGACAGAAAUGAAAUUGUCAAAAGCUUUGGUCAAAAAUGGCAAGGAGAUCGUUGCGCAGCGGUUGCUUGUAGACCCUGUAACUUUGAACCUCGGUUUAAUACGCAGCCUUAGUCCUUGGAACCAUGAAGUCCCGGAUAUUGAAGUACAGGGCUUCUUAAAGUCAGUUAAGAUGACUGUAAGCGAAGAGGACUUGAGAGCAAUUAUGGAAGUACUGAAUCACAAUAUGAAAGAAGGAUUUGAUUUGUGGGAACAAGAUCAAAAGAAGAAAGGCAAAUCUGAAACAUUCAAAGAAGAGGAUUCUGAUAAUGAAAGCCUUGAAGGAGUUGAUUCGAUUGAAAAAUCUGCUACACAACCGGACGGUGGAGCACCUCCCACAGAAGUAUGGCUGCAAACAAAGUUUACAUUUGAAAUCGAAAACGUUAUUGCUGAAGUAUACGUUAGGCCAGAAGACAUGUUAGAUGGAGAGGAAUUUAUGGAACGAAAGCCGGUGCAUUGUUUAGGGACUUUUGUGAUAGGCCAUCUUGGUAUAAUUGGCAACAUUCUAUCCGACAGUGCGAUGGCCUUAUCUAUUGUUUUAGACACGUUGACUCUAGAUGACAAACGGCCAAACAGAGACGGAGUCACGAGGAUGAUUGAGUACUACAAAAGCAAAACUUCAACACCAUCUCACAAGGGCGAGAAACUGGUAGAAUCAAAAGGAAUUAUGCUUGAACUUCAAUACGAGAUGAAUGAAAAGCUGGACACGUCAAUCAGUAUAAAUUUACAGAACCUCCUAAUCAUUCUGAAUGUCGAAUACAUCAUGGUUUUGACCAAUGUUUUCUUGAAUGCGAUGCCUCAGCCAGGGGCGGUUGAGGAGGAGACAGACAAGCCUUCGUUACCGCCGACACCUACGCAUUCUGUUGCUUUGGAGGAGCAAAGUGCCAAACCGGCUUUAGUUCCUGGAUCACAGAUUGCUUUGGCACCGGAAAAGGGGAGACUGGAACAUUCUCCGGAAAUGAAAGUCACAAUCAAUGUUAAAGAUCCUCAAAUUGUCAUACUUGCAGAUGCGCAGGACAAAAACACAAAUGCAUUGUUUUUGCAUACCUUGGUAAACUUCACAUACGUGGAAAAAACUGGACAGCAGCAGAUGUAUGGGGCGAUAUCGAACACCAAAGUGACAUCAGCUGCUUUCCAGAAGGAAAAAAGGACAAAGACAUCGUCACAGGUGUUGCAGCUAUCCAGUGUUAGCUUGUACAGCAAUGCUCCGAUUGGUGGCAAGCCACACAUGAACGUCAGCACAACCGUUCUCUUCAUCAAUUUAUCUCCAGCUACAAUCAAAACAGUUAUGGCUUGCCUUACCGUUAUAUCCGAGCAACAGAACAUCAAGGAUUCGGAAAGCAAGCAUCGUGAUUUGUCGAGAUUGUGGGAUAUGGAUGACAUUAGAAGUUCCAAGAAAUGGUACCUCGAGACAACUGAUGCAAACAAGCUCACACCCGGAAGUAUGGUUUGGGCGCGGACAAAAAGCGGAGACUUUCAGCACGGAUUUCUUUCUCAGAAAGAUACUCACUUCAAUGUUUACUUCUAUCCGGAAGGGGAGCUUAAACACACUGUAAAAGACAAUACUUCUGUGAUUCUUGAUAAGAAACCGGACGAAAGUCGAAUAAGAGUCGGUUCUAAUGUGCUCGCAGCUAAUAAAGAUAAGGGGAGGUUUGAGAUUGCUAGGGUAAAGCAGAUCUGGACGGGGAAGAAAAAGGGUGAUGUAGAAACAACUGGAAAGGAGGUCAGUGAGCCUGGAUGGGAGGACGCAGGGGAAUCACCAGAGACGACGAAAUAUCUUGUCAAAUGCUACUUUGAUAACAAAGAAUAUUGGAAGUCGGCGGCUGCAUUGAGGCUUGUACCAAAACCAAACAUCGAAGCUACACCCGGCGUUGGGUCGCUGGUUUUCGCCCGAAUGAAGAAUGGGUGCUACUGCCGAGGAAAGGUGACGUCACUACGCGAAUUCCGCUGUCACGUGUAUGUAUUUGAACUGCAAGAAACGAUUUCAUACGACACAGAUGACGUCACAGCAGUGAUUUUUGCAUUGCAUCCGAGGCAUGCCUAUGUGCAGCGAGGAACUCGGGUUAUUUGCUUCAAGCUCAAAGGAAAACAGUACUUUCCGGGCAGGAUUCAGUUGAUACAAAGAAGCAUGGAGGAGCCAAUAUAUGUCGUAAAGUUUGAUGACGGUGAUUCAUGUGGUGUUCUUAUUGAUCAAAUGGUGUUGCUCCCAAAACAAAAUGUUGACACUACCCCACGGACGUGGUCGUCGGUGUAUCUGAUUAACUUGACAGCUACACCCGGCGUUGGGUCGCUGGUUUUCGCCCGAAUGAAGAAUGGGUGCUACUGCCGAGGAAAGGUGACGUCACUACGCGAAUUCCGCUGUCACGUGUAUGUAUUUGAACUGCAAGAAACGAUUUCAUACGACACAGAUGACGUCACAGCAGUGAUUUUUGCAUUGCAUCCGAGGCAUGCCUAUGUGCAGCGAGGAACUCGGGUUAUUUGCUUCAAGCUCAAAGGAAAACAGUACUUUCCGGGCAGGAUUCAGUUGAUACAAAGAAGCAUGGAGGAGCCAAUAUAUGUCGUAAAGUUUGAUGACGGUGAUUCAUGUGGUGUUCUUAUUGAUCAAAUGGUGUUGCUCCCAAAACAAAAUGUUGACAUUGUACCAAACCAAGGCUGUUAUGUAUAUGCCAAAGUGCCAUCAUCUCAGUCCAGUUACGAGAAAGGUGUUGUAUGCGAGAAAAAUCUAAAGAAAAUAACAGUGAAAAUGCUGAACGGAAAGAAACAAGUUUAUAACCUCCGUAAAUUUGACGCUGUGGUGUGGAACGUAGAGCCGAAGCCGACCGAUCUGCGAAUAGGGUCUUUGGUGAUUUCAUCCGAUGAAGAGCAUGGCAGAGAGCAGGUUAUGAUCCUCGGUCGUAUCAGGGAAAUUAAAACAAAUCUGAGAAAACGCACAACAUAUCUAGUAGACCGGUUUGACGAAACAUCCAUCAUUACAACUCUGUCUAAGAUAAGGGUUGUGCCUGAAGGAGACCAGACUGAUGGAUCGACAGAUGACCUGGUUGAUACAGUACGGAUAGAGCAGCUAAUUCUUGAAACUGAAGGAGUCGUUUUGAAAAUUGAAGGCUAUUUGGGCGGACAGUUGACGCCGCUGUUGAGCAUGGACACAAGAAUGCAAGCGAAUAUAAGAAACUGGUCAUCGAAUAUUUGCCUGAACAUCUCUCUGAACCUCGAAGCAUCGUAUUUCAACGAAAAGGUUGCCGAAUGGGAGCCAUUGAUUGAGCCAAUUCCUGAUGACAGUUCUCAGAGGCCAAUGGAGCUUGAGAUUUCUUACCUUACCCAUGGAGAUGACACAGAAGACGGAAAUGGAUUAGAGGCUGACGUUGAAAAGGACGACGAGGCUGAUGAAAUUGACAUACAAGUUCCCAUGACAACAUUGAAGGUUGAUGCAAAGGACCCGCUGGAACUUACAAUAACAAAAACCAGUUUAGGCCUUUUGCAAAAUUUAGGCCAGGUUUUCAGUAAAGCUGUUUAUGAAGAGGAAGCUUCGACUGAGAUUGGCGCUGAGAAAUCUCCUUUCGUCGUUUACAACAUGCUUGGCAAAGAUGUUCUCAUUCGGACUGAAGAAGUUCUUAUGUGUGUUAAUGGCCAGGAGCAAAUGACAUUGGAACAUAAUCAAUCGGUCUCGUUGACUUUCAAGUCGUCAUUUUCAGACGUGUUUGCAAAAUCAGGGAGAGUUUCCAAGUAUGCCAAGGUUCCUGUUCCAACAAUUACUGUCAAGGUUGAUGGAUACCACGAAAUCAAAGACAUCGCGAUCAAACGUCAUCGCUCUAUUUUGUAUGAUAUUGUCCCAUCAAACCUUCUUGCUGGACCUGGCACAAACUAUUCCAUUGUGGUUGAUAUUGAUGCUUCUGAAGGGCAACGAACUGUCACUCUUCGAUCUCCGUUACAAGUACGCAACCAUUUCCCAAUGCCGAUUGAUAUUUCGUAUGAAAACAAAGACAAAAAGAUCAAACACAUGUCGACUGUCAAGCGAAACGAAAUAUUCUCGGUUCCCCUUAUGGUUGCAUAUCACGCUAAACUCUUUAUGAAACCAGCCGGAUUCGGGUACGAGGAAACAACGGAGGGUAUAUCAUGGGGAAGUUUUGGUGAACGAAAAACAAGAAAGAUUUUCACAUGCCGAGGCGAAUCAAGCCAGCCAUUAUAUAUUCAGAUUGUCUGCGAGGAACAAGUUUACACUUCAUCAACUUCUGGCUUGGAGAGAUUCGCACCAAAGUUUACUUUCCACUGCCAUCCGACUGUCGUGCUUCACAACUACCUUCCAACCAACAUUCUUUACCGAUCAACGGGGAUGUUCAAUUUUGAACCUUUGAAAGGAGGCGAGAAUUGGCCUCUCUUCAGCGCUGACAUUGCUCAGAUGCCGGUCAUUGAGCUACAGGUGUCUGGGUACCUUGGCAAAGAAUGGAGUGGCAGCUUUUCGUUGAAGGAAAAGAAAGAAAACGACGAGAUAAAAAAGAUCAAACUGACGCCAAAAGAAGGAGAUGAUAUAUUGUGGAUUGGAAUUUACGUGAACGACAAAGGAAGUCAACAUCUCACGUUUUACAGUCCUUAUUGGAUUGUGAACAAAACUGGUAGAGCCCUCGAAUACCAGGCGAGUGGAGAGCCGAGGAUUUUCAAGCAUAAUGGAUCGUCACCCGAAACAUUUAUGUUGAUGGUACAAGGAAACAAUAAAAAGAUGAAGCUUUGUGUUUCUGGAUGUGAAUGGUCGAGUGAUUUCUCCGUCGAUACAAUUGGAAGCGAUGGUUCUGUCAAAUCAGUUGGUAAACAUGGCAAAACAUACGAGAUUGGUGUUGGCAUCAGUUUGUCCUACUUCAGUUUGACCAAGAUUGUUACACUGACGCCCCUCCACAUGCUUUCUAAUCACACCGAGCAUUUGAUCAGUUUAGCUGAGGCUGAUGCCAAAGUGGCAGAAUUUCAUGACAUCAAACCUGGCGAGUCGAUUCCAUUUUGGCCCUCGGUUCUGCCUCCGACAAAUCUUUACAUCAAUGUGAAUGGAAGAGAGUCAAUCAAGUUCAACCCAGUUCCUGUAACGACCCUGCUACUGAAAAUAAACAAUGAGAUUGGGGGAGUCUGUGUGAGUUUCCAAGAAAAGGACUCUGCUUCGAUUCUUUCAUUCAGCCCCUAUUUUGAGGGGGCUGCUCCUGUUCGCAUAGAGAAUUACUGUCCAAAUAUAAGCAUGGUCAGUUACAAACAGAGUGAAGCUGAGAAGACAUGGGUUUUGUGCUACGGACAAUCCGUGUUGUAUACUUGGGAUGACCCAAUGAAGGGCCACGAACUGACUUGCAGUUUCAUUGAGCCCAAGAGCACGACAGAAACUAUAUCAUUAGAUAAGAAUGGCUUCGGCAGAAUGUCAGCUGAUGAUAAACCAGUCUAUUGGGUCAGUUUCCUGGAUGGACUACAAAGGGUGUUACUGUUCACAGAGGACUUCAAGUUGGCCUACAAGGCCAGCCAAGAGCAGACGCUGCGCCCAACGCAAGAUAUUUCAGUAAGCCUGUGCAGCAUCGGUCUAUCGUUGGUGGAUGUAGACAAAAAGCUUGAUAUUGCAUACGUUGGUAUCAGAAAGAGCGACGUGCAUUGGGAAGAGCAGAGACAGAAAAGAUGGAAGUCAAUGAGCAGAAGAUUGAUCCACGCCCUGGAAGAGGGAUAUCAGAAAGUGCGGAAUCAGAAAUCCAUGUCACCGGAUGCCAGUGGCAAAAUAACGAUCAGUGACCUUGAAGUUGACUUUGACAAAAUGAUGAUAACAAAACCAACAAAGAUAAGAAUUCGGCGGACAUACCACAGUGGUCUCUCUUUGCAGUACAUUGUGUCUCCUAAUCUCAUGCAAAUCCAUGCAAAAAUCAACUCACUGCAGAUCGACAGCCAUAUCCCAGGAUCAACAUUUCCAACCGUACUACACCCAGUAGAGCCUCCAAAAUCAAUUGCAGCAGAAAAUGCUCCAAAACCAUUCUUUGAACUUAGUUUGACAACAAAAGUUAGUAAGAACCAAUAUGUGAAUGAAAUCAGCUACUUCAAAGUCCUUGUGCAAGAAAUGGAUGUCCGUGUUGACAAAGGAUUUUUAAUGGCCUUAAUAGAUCUGUUUACAAGCGCAGAAACAAGGGGGACUGAGAUUGAGCAGUACAAAUGGGAUAUGGAAACUGCUGUCAGGGACCUGGCCGACAGUCCAGAAUUCCAAGCAGCCCAACAGGACACAAGAUAUUUCUUUGACUAUUUGCAUCUUUCCCCACUUAAGAUUCACGUGAGCUUCUCAAUGACGGGGGGACAUGCUCUUCAAGAGGCCAACCAAAGCCAUGGUGCACCAAUAAUCAAUCUGCUGUUUCAAAGUGUCGGUGUCGCAUUUACCGAAGUGCAGGAUGUUGAAUUCCGACUGGCGUGUUUUGAAGUUGAUUCUUCGUUGCUGAGUCAGCAGCAAUUGAUGGAUGCUGUGUUGAAACAUUACCAACAUCAGGCCAUCAAACAGCUCUAUGUGCUCGUGUUUGGCUUAGACGUGCUUGGAAAUCCAUUUGGCCUUAUAUCUGGCAUCACAACUGGAGCCAAAAACUUCUUCUACGAACCCUACCAGGGCUUGAUUCAAGGACCAGAAGAAUUCGCCCAAGGCUUGGCACUUGGAGUGAAGAGUCUUGUUGGUGGAACUGUCGGUGGCGCUGCCGGAGCUGUUUCUAGGAUAACUGGGACAGUGGGGAAAGGAUUGGCUGCACUGACCCUCGAUGACGAGUAUCAACAAAAGCGAAGACAACAGAUGAGCCAGAAACCUACAAACCUUGGACAAGGUUUAGCUAAAGGAGGAAAAAGUUUCGUUAAGGGACUAUUUUCUGGUGUUACUGGAAUUGUCACAAAGCCUGUUGAAGGUGCGAAGGCGGAAGGUGCAGCUGGGUUUUUCAAAGGUGUUGGAAAAGGUUUGAUUGGGGUCGUUGCAAGGCCCACAGGGGGGCUGGUAGAUAUGGCGAGCAGUACCUUCGAAGGGCUAAAGAGUACUGCUGGUGGGAGGAAGCAAGUGUAUCGACUCAGACUGUCCCGCGUUUUCCACGCAGAUAAGGUAUUGCGGCCGUACAUUGAUUAUGAAGCCCAGGGGAAUAAAAUAUUAAUGGAAGCAGAAAAGGGGAGGUUCGCCAAGACAGAUUCUUAUUUCGCUCAUGCUGUGGUUGAACAGAAAGCUUAUUUAUUUGUUACCGACAAGAAAAUUCUGUUGAUUGGAAAAGGAGACCUGCUUGAUGACUGGGACUGCAAAUGGCAGAUUCCCUUCACGUCCUUCAAAACAGAACCAAAAUCAUCAGGGAAGUCAGUGAUAUUUACAUUGCAUUCAUCGGAUGGAAAAAGAUCGAUGUUCUCAAAGGAGAUAGCGGAACGAAGUGUAACUCUGCAAAGCGAGAGUGUUGCCAAGUGGUUUGUCGAGAAAGUUACCGAGGCAAACUCCCUAUAAAUCUCUGCGAAGGAUCAAAGGCUCUCAACUAUGCCAUCAAUUGGGGACACACUCGCAGCGCCUCGACUCAUCUGUGGAACUGUUUCAUCGAGAAAAUAAUUUGUUACGUGAAUUCAAACUAUACUUUUUGGGUUUGUGAAAUACUUUCUAUUUUGUUAUGAUGUUUCAUAAAGAAAUUUUUAUCAGUUAAACUGUAACUUUAUCUGAUCAAUUUUAAGUUUAUUUAAGUGUUGCUGAAGUAAACUUGAAUGCAGUUUUAUAAUAUUUUUAAAAUGUCCGAUUGCCCCAUUCCAGCUGGAUCGUGUCAUAUGAGUUGCCUAUGCUUAUUAUCAAGUGAUAGGCAGCCCCCCUUCAACAUAACAAUAAAAGCCUUCAUAGGUCACUAAAACUGUCUUUUCUUUACCUGGAGCUUAUUCGCCGGCUGACAGGAUUUCCAUACUUAUAUUUUAGCAACAAGCCAAACACCGACAUAAAUUUCUUCCAUUGAGCUGCAAAACAAUUUUAUUGAGCCAAAACCUCAUUUGUCACCUUAGAAUUUUUACUAAAACAUUUUAAACUUUGCGUUUGACAUGCAAAUAAUGUUUUCAUGAAAAAUGAUUCUUUUGAAACUUGUUAUGUGACGGAAAAAUCUUUUUACAAUUCCUCACUUGUUCAGAAUGACGAGUUUCAAUUUUGUUGGUUGAGAUCUUUUUAUAAGCUUCCUUGUGAGCGCAUCAUCCUAAUACCCCCAGCAUCCUGUCGUUGAGAUAAGCCCCCCCCCCUUUAUCUCCCUGUAAAAUUAAAGUAUUUCUUCGAAAAGAUCAAUUAAAUAUGCUGUGUAAAUCAAGUGACUUGUUUUGCUUCAUAAUUGCAAGUCUUUAAUAUCUUGUUAUAUUAAAUGUUUUGUGGGCAAAAAUGUUUUGAAUGGUUCAAUAUUACCCUUUUUCAAAAUUGCAUUUAUAAAGUUUUCUUUGUCACUGUAUGACAAAAUUGUCAAUGGCCAAGAAGCCGGGGGACUGGGUGCACGUGCAACCACUUCUUUGCCAAGUUCGAUGCGUGCCAAUUUUAUGGACGAAGUGCUCCUCCUUGAGAUAAAAACUGGCCUGAAAUAUGCACCAAGCUCUGACUAAUCUAUUGCUCCUUAUUGCUAACUCGAAGUUUUUUCAUUCUUUGGGGAGCUUUUUUACCGUUGAGGUGUUUCUAGGUUAGUUGUUCUGGUUUGUUGUUAAUACCUUUUUAAUCUUUACAGUCAUAGAUCGAAUGUAUCCUUCUUCCUGGCCAUCCCUAAAGCUGGUUUUAUUUAACUUUUCAUGCAUUGUGCUUUGUUAGCUUAGCUUUGCAAACUUGUACUUCUUUUAUCAAAUCAGGCGCUUUAAAUAGCAGCGGGACUCAGUGGCGGAGUUAAGGGGGGGCAACUAGGGGCAGUUGCCCCUUCCUCGACGAGUUGCAGCAAGUGUGGCGUCCCUUUUUUAGAGAUUGUGCGCCCUUUUUGAAGAAUGCGAAUCAGGUGAAAAUAUUUCUGAGACCAAUAGGUUAAUUUGCUUCAAGGAUUACUUCAACAGUUAUGUUGUUUAUUCCAAAAAAUAGAUCUGAAAUUGUUGUAUACAGCGUACUCUCGUCGACAAUUCUUUAAAAUUUUUCAGCGCCAUCACUACCAACUGCCCCUCCUUCAAGUUUGCUCUGGAUCCGCCCCUGGCGGGAUUUCAUUCGACAUAAAACUACUAACCAACAGAUCUCUCUAAUUGUAAGAGGCCACCCGGACAAAAGUAGUGGCCUUUAGAUUAAACUUCCCAUGCCCCAUGAUUGAUGUGCUCCUUUAUCACAUCGCUGUGACCCAUUAUUCCUGUGCUGCUUUCCCCUCGACCAGAGAAGUAGGUCAGAGCCCCCUUAUUAAUACUGUAAAGUAGCCAAUAUUGCUCUUGUUUUAUGCAUAAUUUUGUUGUUUUGAUUGCACUACAUUCUUGCCCUCGACAUGCAUCUGCUGUU